AUGAAUUUAAUCCCUAACGAGCGCCAGGCUAUAGAGCAGCUGAGAGAGGUCAGUGAAUUGGAGCCCACUCAAUUGAAUUGGGGGAAAGACAUACUGCUCUUCAAUAGGAAUCCCAAUAGAAAGCGACGAUCCACUACCAGAGAAGGGGAACAGAGGUAACGUCUGCCCCAAGUGAAUAAGGUUCCCCUUAAGAUGCCGCUACAGGAGAUCUCGCUUAAUCAAGACCAAUCUACUCCCAAUUAUUCCAAACUACCACCCCUAAUCAAAUCAAUCAAACCUCAUACUGCGAAACCCAAUUACAAUGGCAUAAUUCUUGGUGCCAAUUUUGCACAUUUUGAAAGACGGAUACUUAAAAAAAUCAAUUUAUCUUGA